GGUCAAUUUAAGUCGGCGUGCUCAUUUGAACCAGUGGAACUGAAACGAAGCAGAAGACGAACGGCCCAGCACUGGUUAUAUCUCGUUCUAACCGAUAUUGAUGGAUUGGCAGCCAGAUGAGCAAGGACUCCAGCAGGUCCUCCAGCUACUCAAAGACUCCCAGUCGCCCAACACAGUGACACAAAGAGCUGUCCAACAAAAACUUGAGCAACUCAACCAGUUUCCUGAUUUCAACAAUUAUCUCAUCUUUGUCCUCACAAGACUCAAAACCGAAGAUGAGCCGACUCGCUCCUUAAGUGGUUUGAUACUGAAGAACAAUGUUAAGGCUCACUAUCAGAACUUCCCUUCGGGAGUUUCCGAUUUCAUCAAGCGGGAAUGCCUCAACAGCAUUGGUGAUCCGUCGCCACUUAUUCGGGCCACCAUUGGUAUCCUCAUCACUACAAUCGCCUCCAAAGGAGAGCUCCAGUCAUGGCCGGAGCUGCUGCCACAGCUCUGCAACUUGCUCGACUCGGAGGACUAUAACACUUGUGAGGGCUCGUUCGGUGCGCUGCAGAAGAUCUGCGAGGACUCGUCGGAGCUGCUGGACAGCGACGCUCUGAACAGGCCCCUCAACGUUAUGAUACCUAAAUUUCUUCAGUUCUUCAAGCAUUGCAGUCCAAAGAUUAGGUCCCAUGCCAUAGCCUGUGUGAACCAGUUCAUCAUUGGAAGAGCCCAGGCCCUCAUGGAAAACAUUGACACCUUCAUAGAGAGUCUGUUUGUGCUGGCAGCAGACGAAGACUCUGAGGUCCGUAAAAACAUCUGCAGAGCCCUGGUCAUGUUGCUGGAGGUCCGCAUUGACCGUCUAAUCCCCCAAAUGCACAGCAUUAUACAGUAUAUGCUGCAGCGAACUCAGGAUCCCGAUGAGAAUGUGGCUCUGGAAGCCUGUGAGUUCUGGUUGACCUUAGCGGAGCAGCCCAUUUGUAAGGAGGCGCUGUCCGGACACCUGGUGCAGCUGAUUCCUGUUUUAGUAAACGGCAUGAAGUACUCUGAAAUCGACAUCAUACUGUUGAAGGGUGAUGUGGAAGAAGACGAGGCGGUGCCCGACAGCGAGCAGGACAUCAAGCCCCGCUUCCACAAGUCACGCACGGUCACCCUGCAACAUGAAGGAGGGGAGGGAGAGGAGGAUGAAGACAUUGAAGAUGAUGAUGAGGACGAUGAUGAUGAUGCACUUACAGACUGGAACCUGCGCAAGUGUUCGGCUGCAGCACUCGACGUUCUGGCUAACGUGUUCCGCGAUGAGCUGCUCCCUCACCUCCUGCCGCUGCUCAAAGGGUUGCUCUUCCAUCCGGACUGGGUCGUGAAGGAGUCUGGUAUUUUGGUGCUUGGAGCCAUAGCUGAAGGUUGCAUGCAGGGCAUGGUGCCCUACCUGCCAGAGCUCAUCCCACACCUCAUCCAGAGUCUGAGUGACAAGAAGGCCCUGGUGCGCUCCAUCGCUUGCUGGACUUUGAGUCGCUACGCGCAUUGGGUGGUGUCCCAGCCCCCUGACUCCUACCUCAAACCGCUGAUGACGGAGCUUCUGAAACGCAUCUUGGACAGCAACAAGAGAGUCCAGGAGGCUGCCUGCAGCUCCUUUGCCACCCUGGAGGAGGAAGCAUGCACAGAACUGGUUCCUUACCUGAGCUUCAUCCUGGACACUCUGGUUUUUGCCUUUGGGAAGUACCAGCACAAGAAUCUCCUCAUCCUCUAUGAUGCCAUUGGGACUCUUGCGGAUUCAGUGGGUCACCAUCUCAACCAAGCUGAGUACAUUCAGAAGCUGAUGCCUCCUUUAAUAGCCAAGUGGAAUCUGCUGAAAGAUGAAGACAAGGAUCUCUUUCCACUUUUAGAGUGUCUGUCGUCUGUGGCCACAGCCCUGCAGAGUGGCUUUCUGCCGUACUGCGAGCCGGUUUAUCAGCGCUGUGUCACUUUAGUUCAGAAGACGCUUGCUCAGGCUAUGAUGUACAACCAGCAGCCAGACCAGUAUGAGGCUCCAGACAAGGACUUCAUGAUCGUGGCUUUGGACCUGCUGAGUGGGCUUGCAGAGGGGCUCGGUGGCCAUGUGGAGCAACUAGUGGCUCGCUCCAACAUAAUGACCCUGCUUUUUCAAUGCAUGCAGGACACAAUGCCUGAAGUGAGACAAAGCUCCUUUGCACUGCUGGGCGAUCUGACCAAGGCCUGCUUUCUUCAUGUGAAACCCUGCAUUGCUGAGUUUAUGCCCAUCCUGGGGCUAAACCUGAACCCAGAGUUUAUCUCUGUGUGUAACAAUGCCACCUGGGCCAUCGGGGAGAUCUCUAUGCAGAUGGGUGCAGAGAUGCAGCCUUACGUUAGUAUGGUGCUGCCUCACCUGGUGGAGAUCAUUAACAGACCCAACACCCCAAAGACUCUGCUGGAAAACACAGCCAUUACAAUCGGCCGACUCGGCUUCGUCUGCCCUCAGGAAGUGGCACCACAGCUGCAGCAUUUCAUCAGACCAUGGUGCACGUCUUUGAGGAAUAUUAGAGAUAACGAGGAGAAGGACUCUGCUUUUCGGGGAAUCUGUGUUAUGAUUGGUGUCAAUCCUGCAGGUGUGGUGCAGGACUUUAUUUUCUUCUGUGAUGCUGUGGCCUCAUGGGUCAACCCAAAGGAUGACCUGCGAGAUAUGUUUUAUAAGAUCCUGCAUGGCUUCAAGGACCAGGUGGGAGAGGAGAACUGGCAGCAGUUCUCAGAGCAGUUCCCCCCUCUGUUAAAGGAGCGACUAUCAACCUGCUAUGGUGUCUAAUCCAACCCUUGCUCCACUGACCUGUCAAGUUCAUGAAGGGGGAGGGUAACAGGGGAACUCACUGCACUGCCCAAAUCAUGGGGAGAAAUUCGAGCCGGAGGGAUGUGACUGGCCCCCGAUUCUCCAGUCUGCGGACGGCCUCCUUUUCCCCUGCGCCCAGUUUGUCUCUGAGGGAGGGUGGGAUGAGGGCGGUAGUUAAGGGGGGGUUAAUACAGGGAUAUUUACGUAUACCUCUCUAAUAAAUGCCUCACUGCUAGAAACUCAAAAGUGACUUUUGCCAACUAAAAUCCAGGGAUCUUAGGUAGGCGGGGGUGGGGCAGAGUUUAGACCUCCGUCUCCACGAUUGGGUUGUUCAUACAAGUUAGUGAAGUCUGGAUGGGGAGGGGUUGGGCUGAUGGGUACAAAAUAAUAAUUAUCCAAACCAGCAAAAUACAAAGCAUGUAGAAAGCUCACAUGUAGCUGUUUUAAACAGUAAAAGGAUCCUUUUACCUCGCACCUUUUUCCCGGCACACGCAAGUCUUUGUUCAUAUGUACGUUUAGUCGGAAUUCUUAAUUUCCUUACAAACCGUAGGACUUUUAUUUCUUUCCCGUCAACAAAAGCCGUAAAGGUUUAAGCCAUCCCAGGUCCAUGAAACUAUACUGCAUAUAAUCUAGGCUUAAGUUGCAUGUUUAUGUGAAUGUCUUUAUUUAUAGCAUUAAUCAUCAGUUUUCAGUCUAAUGCUUGGUUCAAGUUUCCCCUGCAAUCAUUCCCAUCCCUCCCACCCCCCAUUAGGUUUAACUAAGGUUGUUUGUGUUCAGACAGACUAUAGAUAAGUUGAAGAAUAAACUACUGUUUGAUGGUUAAUGCAGCAACUUAAUAAAACUGUAAGCAGAUCAAGAAUUAACUUUGCUGCUGUGGCUUCGUUGUCGUGAUAUUUAGGAAAUGUCACCAAGGAUGAAUUCUUACUGGUAUAGAUGCACUUUUUCUCCUGAGAAAAUAGAAUUUCUAAUGGAAGACGUACGGUAAUAAUAUACUGAAUUUGUUAAGCCUGUUUUGGAUAAGGGAUAUUUUUAGGACUGCUGUAAGCAAAAAGAUAACGAAAAUUUAACACUCAAGAGGGGCUAUAGGUUUAUAAUGCAACAACGAAAAGGGGAUGAAUAGGAUUUUAGGAAGAAGGCAGUACUCAUCAGAAAACGUUUCCUUGUCCGAGUUGAAGGGGGUAGAAAUGCACCAAUCAGGUUUCAUUGCCAUUAUUUUUAUAAAGCUUUGAGCAGCGGCAAUUUUGGUGGAUUUUGGUUUAUAAAAUAUUUGUAUUUCACAGAUACAAGUGUUUUGUAUUUGGAUAGUCAUGCCAUAUAUGUGCAAUUAUCAACAGUCGCUGUACAAUAUAGAUUUCCUGUUAAACCAGAAUAUCAUAUAGAAGCGUUAAGCUUAACUAAAGCAACAGUCUGCUUUUGUAUUUCCUAAAGAAAUAUAGAUCCUUAAGGCGUUGAUGGGAGCUGUUGUGCUUCUAUUUGUACCGUUUCUAACUCUGGUCACUAAGAUAUGAAGUUUUCAUGGAAACCUCCCAUGGGGUUAUAAUGUGCUGGUUUAUAUCCCCCCUCCAUUAAAGGAAAAGAGAAUAAAAUGUUUUAUCUUUGAAUAUUAAUCCAGUUUGGUUCUUUGUGGUUCUUUAAUGAGUAAUUAUCCACACUGCAAUGGCAGAUUUCUCUCUGCUGCAUUUGCUUAAAUAGCUUUUUUUUCUU